AUGCAAUAGGGAAUGAAUUUUAAGGAUUCUUUUAGUCAAGUUAAGAAAUAAGAUUAUGAUUAACUAAGAUUUUUUUAAUAACCAUUGAAAAUUGAAAGGUAUUGUUCCCAUAGCUUGAAAAUUUUGAAUAAUAUUGAAAAUUUAGAUAGUUUUUUAAUUAUGUUAAGAGAAAAAAAAUAUCAAAAGAAAUCUUCAUUUUCUAUGAAUAAAUAAGCUUUAAAAAUAAUUAAGGGAUCAAAGAAUUUUAUUAAUGGAAGCAUUUUCAGGUGA